AAGGUUUCUGGCUUUGAAAAAUAGCGGAGCAGAAACUCGUUUUCCUCGUGCCGAAAUAGAGGUUGGUCCGCCGAUAAAUUGUUGCUGCUGCUUUUGUGCGUUACGUGUUUACGUUUUCAAAACGGCGUGCAACUCAUGAGGCAUCACAACUCAUCACCACCACCGCUCUCAUGACUCCCAUCAUAAGUCAUGUCAUAUAAUAUUAAAUCAGCCCCCACCGCCACAUGAAAUUGAAUAUGAAAACCUUCCCCCUCUGCCUCUGCCUCUCCUUCUCCCUCCUUUUCUUCUAUAUAUAAACUCCAACCUCCUCCCACUCCCACCUUCCAUUUCAAUCUCACGAACCCAAUUUAUAAAUUGCUCUCCAAUAUAUAAUAUCUAUCUACCUGCUGCCAACGUACAAAUUAACCAAGAUGAGAAGGAACCGCAACCUAGAACUCCGCCUCCAACCCUCUUCCUCCUCCUCCUCCUCCGCCUUCAGUACUCUUCCCUCCGCCGCCCCUGAUUCCAGUCACCACCACCGCCACCACAACCCAGAAUACAUGGUUGAGUCGGGGAACAGCAGCGGAAGCUCAUCGCAGCAGAGCAAUCAACAGCAGAUGACGAUAUUCUACAAUGGGAGGAUCUGCGUCUGUGAUGUUACGGAGCUUCAGGCGAGAGCCAUCAUAUUGCUUGCGAGACAAGAAAUGGAGGAACGGAUGAUCAGCCGAAAGCCCACGACGGCGCAGGCCUUGGAGCCAAUGUCGCCGUCGCUGCAACCUCAGCUACACAGUCCCACCGGACUGUCCAUGAAGAGAUCGCUGCAGCGGUUUCUCCAGACGCGGCGGCACAGGGUCCAAGCAACGGCUCCACACCAUCAUUGAUUACUUUAUUUGUUCGUUCACUUGUUAUUUUAGACUUCCUUUCUUCUUUUUUCUCUUCUUAUCGGGUUGUUCAGAUUGAAAUUUCACAAGGCAUAAUGUAAAUUAUGAAUUCCAGAUCA